UGUGUAAAUUCACUUUUAACGCGAGCAAGUGCUCGUUUAAGUGCAGAUUGCGUGCGAUGCACACGCAAAAUACGAAGUAACAUUUAAUUAUACCACGGGUGAUGUACAUAAUUUGUAAUUGACACAUGUCAUGCCCAGUGUGUUUUCGUAUUAACGUAAUAAUAAAAGAAUUAGAAAUUUUAUGAACGUAAAGUAUGUGUAAUAUAUAUAUUUUGUCAGACUGAAAAACGUCAUGAAACUGGCAGUACCGUAUCUACAUAUGCGGACGUUGUAAAAUUGACUUAUAACCUACUUGUAAUAUGUUGCAUUUAUCAAGAGAGAAUUUUGGGAAAUUGCAUUAUUCACGUUAAAUUGCUGUAUAAUUCAGAACAAUGGACAACUUAUCUGAUUCACUCAAAGGAGAAUUGGAUUCUGUUACGUCGACAGAUUCUCUGCAAUUAAUAACCGACGAAUUCCACAUUAGACAUUUAUCAACGCCGGACGUUUCGAACAUAGAGUUAUCGAAGCGUGUUGCAUUGCUGGAGUUGGAGAACGAACGGCUUCGAAUAGAUUUAGAGAACAUGCGUAUUGAACUUAAUGCCAGAAUUGCAGCCAACGAAGGACUCAAGGGCAAAAUAACGGAACUGUACGUAGAAAUGCAGCUGGUCGUUCAGGAGAAACAGAAAUUACAAAAUACACUGACAGACGUAAGAAAUCAUUUAGAUGCAUCGGAAGCAUCUGUGAAAUGGUACAAAUCUCAAGUGUACGACCUACAAGCGAGCAAAAAAACUUUGCAGUUGGAAAUUGAUACUUAUCAAAGAAUUCUGCAGCGAAGACAGCAAACGAUAGCAAGUAUAAAUGCCAGGUACAAGCAAUUGAACAUAGAUUAUAUGGAACUUCUUCAAAAACAUCAAAAAGAGAAGCAAGAUUUAGAAUGCGAAGUACAAAAUUUAAAGACGCAAAAUCAGUCGAAUAGUAUUUCAGAACCUUUGGAUGUCAGUACAUCCAGUUCUCCAGAUGUCUCCACGAAAUUAGAAUUAACGGAAGAUGAACUAAGAGGUACGAGAACGGAGUUGAAAACAUUGGAAAAACGACUGUUAAGCAAUGAAGUUUCCAAAGCAUUGAUGGAAAACGCUUUGGCUAAGCAACGUAUAUUGAUUGCAACUAUGGAAGAGAAUAUACAGAAAUGUGAAACUGAAAAGAAUCAAACUGCUGAUACAUUACGUAAGACGCAACUUGAAAUUCAAAAGUUGAAAUCUGAGAAUGAAACAUUGCAGACUACUCUGUUUUCUUCCAAGCAGGAACAAAGUCAGAUAGAAGAUGCAAUCUUCCAGUUGCGGUUACAGUUAACUAAAAUGAUUGCACAGUACAAACUUUUGAAAUCAAAAAAUGUGGAAGCAGAAGAAAAAUUGAAUUCCAUGCAAGAUGUAAUGAAUGAAAAUAAACAUUUAAAGACAUUAUCAUAUGAAGCCAAUACUGCUUUAAUCAGAAAACUUCGACAAGAAAAACGAAAAGUUAAAAAUCUACAAAAUAAACUUCAUGGAAUUCAAAUAAAGGGUCAUUUAACCACUAUGAAAAAUAAAGUGGAAAUUUCUUUACAUGAGUGUCUAAAACAGGUUUUAACGAGAAAUAAAGAUUUAAAAGAUCAAUUGAAGGCACUAGCAAAAAAUUCAGAUGAAAGUAUUGAUGAAGGAUAUGGUGACAACAGUAUUGUUAGUUCUGUUUCUAUAGACAUUCCAUCACCGAAAUCCAUCAAUCCAGUAUUAUUAAAUGCAGCUUCUAAUAUUUUGCUGCAAUGUAAGGAUCUAUUUAAACCAAUACACACAGAACUUGAACAAUUGAAAUUAAAACUUAAUAAAGUAAAGGAACAAUGCAAUACAUAGUAUUUAAUUAUCUUUUAAGUUAUUAAUUAUUUUAAUCAUUUAAUAAUUCUAUUGUAAAUUAUUUUAUUAUAUAACCAUCAAAGGAGGUGGCUGGCAAAGUUAAUUAAAUUGUAAAUAUAUUAAAUUAUUAUUAUUCUUAUAAAUUGACUGUUACAAUUGUUCUAAGUUGAAAAUUAAUUGUAUAAAUGUUUUAUCAAAAUUAAC